AUGGGUCUCAUCCUGAGUUAUAGGUGUUUUGGGGCUGCCGCAGCAAAGGACCGACUUGAUAUUGUUAUCCGGGAUGCCAUAAACUCUGGAGACAUUCCGGGUCCCCGAUACCUGGCCAAUGCAAGAGAAAUUGCAAAACCAGAAGGAGACCUAGUAGCCUCCAUUACGAGAUUCGCCGAUGGCCCCGAGGAGAUGCGAGAGGUUGUUCGCUCAAAUAUUGAGCGCAUUAGGGUUGAUAACGUCAAAAUGAGCAUGUCAGGCGAGGAGAUCACAGGCAACCGCGCGGCAGAAGAUUGCUACUUUACCGCUGUAGAAACGGCUGCGUGCGUCGAGGAAGCUCAUAACCAUGGCAAGAGAGUAUGCGCACAUGCCCGAGCUCGCGACUCAGUGAAGAUGUGCGUCAGUCAUGGGGUGGAUGUCAUAUUCCAUGCAUCCUAUGUCGACGACGAAGGCAUGGAAAUGCUGGAGAAAAAUAGGCAUAGGAGCAUUGUUGCACCGGCGAUCAACUGGCUCGUGGCAACUGCGUAUGAAGCCGAAGCGUUUGGGUAUACUCACGAGGCUGCCGAGAAGGCAGGAUAUGUGAGAGAGCUUGACACUGCAGUUGCUGGCCUUCGAGAGAUGCAUCGACGCGGUAUCCUCAUAUUGCCUGGAGGAGACUAUGGCUUCGCGUGGACACCACAUGGCACAUAUGCUCGAGAUCUGGAGCACUUCGUCAAUUUGCUCGGAUUUACGCCGCAUGAAAGCAUCAUCGCUGCGACCGCCGGCGUAGCUGCACUCUUCAUGAGGAGUCAUGAGUUGGGCAGAAUCCAGCCCGGAUAUCUUGCAGAUUGCAUUCUUGUAGAUGGUGAUCCGCUCAAGGACAUUAGUAUUUUGCAGGAACUCAGCCGGCUCAACGUCAUUGUAGUCAAUGGGAAGAUCCACAAGGCUGUACCAUUCGAGUAUUACCGAGAUAUGCGGCGGACGUAG